UCAAAGUGUCCCGUCUUUUCUCUUCGCUUUCGCACACUUUUCGCUUGCAAAACGGACUUUGGCCCCAACUUCUCCCCACCCGACGAAUGCAUUGCAAUCACUGAACCUGUCCGUCCGUCCGUCCGUGUGUGCGUGUGUUUGAGUGUGAGUCCGACAGUCAAGUAACAAACGCUACGCAUAAAAAACUCAUCUGUUCCGUAAACCGCACGCAACAUAACACACUAGUCGCGUCGGCGAACCUUGCUCGUACGCAGAGGAAUUGGCUCCGUGAACGUCGUUACUGUUAUUUAGCGAGCACCACAGCACACCAGCUCAUCUGCCACUUUCGCUGCCUACGCUCAGUGUCCCACAAAGUAAAACAUGAUCAAUACCGGCAAACUAGCUGGACGAACGCUCUUCAUCACGGGAGCUUCGAGAGGCAUCGGUAAAGCGAUCGCUCUGAGAGCCGCCCAAGAUGGAGCGAAUGUGGUGAUUGCGGCCAAGACGGCCGAUCCACACCCGAAACUCCCCGGCACGAUCUACACAGCGGCCAAGGAGAUUGAAGCCGUUGGAGGCAAGGCACUUCCUUGCGUGGUGGAUGUCCGCGACGAAGGUGCCGUGCGGAGCGCCGUCCAGAAUGCCGUGGCCAAGUUCGGUGGCAUCGAUAUCGUAGUCAAUAAUGCCAGUGCAAUCUCACUAACACCCACGGAGCAAACCGACAUGAAGCGGUACGAUCUGAUGCACCAGAUAAACACGCGCGGCACGUUCCUGGUAUCAAAAGAAUGCAUUCCGUACCUGCGCAAGAGCAAUCAUGCACAUAUCUUGAACAUUUCGCCUCCCCUAAACAUGGCCCCGCACUGGUUCAGCAAUCACGUCGCGUACACGAUGGCCAAGUACGGCAUGUCGAUGUGUGUGCUCGGCAUGGCGAAGGAGUUGGAGAGUGCCAACAUUGCCGUCAACGCACUCUGGCCCCGGACCGCUAUCCACACCGCAGCUAUGGAGAUGCUGACGGGCAAGGAAAGCGAUCAGUUCUCGCGCAACCCGGAGAUCAUGGCCGACGCAGCAUACGCCAUCCUCUCGAAAGAGCCCCGCUCGGUGACGGGCAAAUUCCUGAUCGACGACGAGGUCCUGAAAGCGGAAGGCAUCACCGACAUGAAGCAGUACGCGUGUGUGCCCGAGAACGCCGACAAACUGAUGCCGGACUUUUUCCUCGACGUGGAGCCGGAAAAGCUGGUGGAGUUCGCAGCGGAAGGUAGCCAUGCGGCAUCGUUGAAGAAGCCGGCAGCAGCUGCGGCCGGCGGUAAAAUUGAAGGAUUGUUCCUGAAGAUCGAAAGCCUGCUCAGUGAGGAGAUCGUGCGCAAGACGGGCGCGGUGUACGAGUUCAAGGUGAAGGGCGAGGAAGCCGGGACGUGGUUUGCCGAUUUGAAGAAUGGCACCGGCAAGGUCGGCAAGGGCAACCCACCGGCCACUGCUGAUGCGGUGCUGACGAUGGAUUCCAAGCAUUUCUUCGACAUGUUCACGGGCAAACUGAAGCCGGCGAAUGCAUUUAUGACGGGUAAGCUGAAGAUCUCGGGCGAUCUGCAGAAAGCGAUGAAGUUGGAAAAGUUGAUGGGAGGACUAAAGUCCAAGCUGUAAGCGAGAGAGGGAGGCGGGAUCGUCUGUGCACAGUUAUUAUUUUCUUCAUUGGCAUGUAAGGGAAAAGUUAAAUAAAUAUUUUAAAUUUUCAUAACAUCACUCUACCUCAAAAGUGCUUGAAUGAGUACCGUUCUUUAGGGGCAAGCGACGGCGGUGCGGUUUCCAUCACUGCCAAACAAAGUUCUGGAAUAAAAAAUUAAAUAAAACAUUUUAAAUUUACUGCA